CAGUUGUAUAAGGCCGGAGUGUUCACUCGAUCAAUUAGAGAUAUGAGAUAUCGCUAUACCGAUUCCUUCAAGAUAAACUCUGUGGAAUAAUGUAUCAUUUCACAUCAAUGCACUCACUCAGAAGCAUGCGAUGCCAAUGAGCAACUCUCACCAUCUCUAAGUCUUUUUUACAAGACUCCUACAAAGGUCAUGACUACAAACAAACAGACAAGACUUCAUCGAGUUUUGUGUGUAAGUUAGUUAGUUACUUUGCCACUGUCUCUUUUAGACAAUGUCUAUUGCACUACACCAUCACAACUCUCUCCUCACUAGCUGCAAGACCUUGAGAGCACUAACCCAAAUCCAUGCCUCCUUCAUCAAAUCCUGCCUCGACACCGAUUCCUACUUCACCGGAAAACUCAUCCUACAAUGUUCCAUCUCCAUCCCCGGCGCUUUACCCUACGCUCGCCGUCUGUUGCUCUCUUAUCCUCGCCCUGACGCCUUCAUGUUCAACACUCUCGUCCGAGGGUACUCACAAUCCGACAACCCGCAGAGCUCCAUCUCCGUGUUUGUUGAGAUGAUGAGGAAAGCUCGGAUUUUUCCGGACAGCUUCUCCUUCGCGUUUGUAAUCAAGGCGGCGGCGAGUUUCGGGUCUUUGGGAACUGGGUUUCAGUUGCAUUGUCAAGCUUUGAAGCAUGGGUUGGGUUCGCAUAUGUUCGUCGCCACUACCUUGAUCGGUCUGUACGGGGAAUGCGGGUGCGUGGAGUUUGCUCGCAAGGUGUUCGAUGAAAUGCCUAAACGGAAUUUAGUUGCGUGGAAUGCUGUGGUCACGGCCUGUUUCAGGGGGAAUGACGUUGCGGGAGCCGAGGAGAUCUUUGGUGAGAUGAGUGUGAGGGAUCAGAUGUCGUGGAACGUGAUGCUCGCUGGUUACACUAAAGCCGGAGAGGUUGAGAGUGCUAAACGUUUGUUUUCGGAUAUGCCUAGCAAGGAUGAUGUCUCUUGGAGCACUAUGAUUGUCGGGUUUGCGCAUAACGGUAGCUUCCAUGAGGCUUUCUCUUGUUUCAGGGAGCUUCUACGUGCAGAGAUGAGACCAAAUGAAGUAAGCCUGAGUGGAGUUCUCUCUGCAUGUUCCCAGUCUGGGGCGUUUGAGUUUGGGAAGGCGUUACACGGGUUUGUAGAUAAAGCAGGGUAUAGUUGGAUAGUCUCGGUGAACAAUGCGCUUAUCGAUAUGUAUUCUAGGUGCGGUGAUGUCUCAUUAGCUAGGUUAGUCUUUGAAAGUAUGCCAGAGAAGAAGAGCAUUGUGUCUUGGACUUCAAUGAUUGCGGGAUUAGCAAUGUAUGGUCACGGUGAAGAAGCUAUUAGACUCUUCAAUGAAAUGACUGAGUCUAGCGUUACCCCUGACAAGAUAUCUUUCGUUUCGCUUCUGUAUGCUUGCAGUCACGCUGGACUGAUCAGAGAAGGUGAAGAUUACUUCUCUAAGAUGAAGAGAGUUUACAACAUAAAACCAGAGAUUGAACACUAUGGUUGCAUGGUUGAUUUAUAUGGCCGAUCUGGAAAACUCCAAAAGGCUUACAGUUUCAUAUGCCAAAUGCCAGUUCCACCAACUGCUGUUGUGUGGCGCACUCUUCUCGGCGCUUGCAGUAGUCAUGGGGAUACAGAGCUGGCCGAGGAAGUUAAACACAAGCUUAAUGAGCUUGACCCAAACAACCCUGGUGAUCUUGUUCUUUUGUCGAAUGUUUAUGCUACUUCUGGUAAAUGGAAGGACGUUGCUUCUAUCAGAAAGUCAAUGAUUGUGAAUAAGAUCAAGAAGGUAACUGGUUGGAGCUUGGUUGAGGUUGAUAAAGCCAUGUACAAGUUCACUGCCGGUGAGAAAAAGAAGGGAAGAAUCAUUACAGAGGCCCACGAGAAGCUAAAGGAAAUCAUCUUGAGGCUUAAAGAUGAAGCUGGGUAUGCCCCGGAAGUUGCAAAUGCUUUGUAUGAUAUAGAAGAAGAAGAAAAGGAGGAUCAAGUGAGUAAACACAGUGAGAAGCUUGCACUUGCAUUUGCUCUAGCUAGAUUUCGCCAAGGAGCAAGUAUCAGGAUAGUAAAGAAUCUGAGAAUUUGCAGAGAUUGUCACGCUGUGAUGAAGCUGACCUCGAGAGUUUAUGGAGUAGAGAUUGUGGUCAGAGACAGAAGCCGCUUCCAUUCGUUCAAGGAUGGUUCCUGUUCAUGCCGUGAUUACUGGUAAAAGUUCUGAUUGCACCAUUCCUUUUUCUCUCGUGUUUGGGGGAAAAUGUAGAAUGUUCAGACAUUGAAUGCACAAGUCUUCCCCAAGCUCUGACAUAACAGUUGAAAGUAAUUGGAGACUGAAGUUGAGAUUGCUUGCAGUGUGGGAGACAGCCUUGUCGUUUGAAUGAUCAGAGGCUCUCGGACAGUUCUAGAACAGUACUCUAGUUAUUGUUUUAUGAUUUUCAUUUUCUUGGGCGGCAACACAGUCAAAGAAAUUUGAAUAUUAAACUCUAUUU